AUGAACACAGAGGCCAUCAACAGUUUGCAUCACAACGACCUGUUUGUUCCAGAAGAUGAGAGGGUGGGACUCAGUGUCAGAGCGCUUAAUGUCACAUUGAAUAAGAGGAGACCACAGAACUCUAAAGUUUCGAGGCUCAAGUUUUGGAAUAUAGGAUCUAAAUCAAAUGAGAAUGAGAAAGCUCAAGAAGCACAACAAGAUAUUAUAAAUGGUGAUGAUGCUGAGGUUCAACAGAGCGGUAAAAGAAUCUUGAAUAAUAUUAAUUUGGAUUUGCAAAAGGGCAAAGUGCUGGCUAUCUUGGGCUCAUCAGGUAGUGGUAAAACAACACUAUUAAAUACAUUGGCUUCUAGAAUGAGUUUUGCUAAAAAUUCAAGUAACCCUUUCCAUUUUGAAGGUAUGGUUCAAUAUUCACAAAAAAAUCCAAAUAUAUCUUAUUUAUUACAAGAAGAUUUAUUCAUGCCUGGAUUGACAGUAAGAGAAACUUUGAAAUUCACAGCUCAACUAAAACUUCCAAACUCCUCAAAUCAAGAAAUUAACAACUUGAUAAACUAUCUUUUUGAUAGUCUUGACCUUAAGAAAAUUGAAAAUACAAUUAUAAACAAUUUCAAUUAUAUUUCAACUUUAAGUGGUGGUGAAAAAAGAAGAGUUUCAUUAGCUAUUCAACUAUUGACAAAACCAUCGGUCUUAUUCUUGGAUGAGCCAACAACAGGUCUUGAUUCAAAUACUUCUAUUCAUUUGGUUCAAACAGUCAAAGAUCUUGCAGCUAAUUUUGGUAUCACUAUAAUAUUAACCAUUCAUCAACCAAGAUCUGAAAUCUUGGAUAUUGUGGAUGAAAUAUGUUUAUUAGCCCGUGGUGGUUCAAUGUUAUAUACAGGAUCUCUAGAUGAAGGUCAAAGAUAUUUUGAAUCAUUAAAUUUACAAAAUGAUGAUGGAUUAAAAUCUGAAGAAUCUAAUUUUGCGGAUUUUUUAUUAAGUAUUUCAUCAAUUGAUAAAACAAUGUCACAUGAAGUUGAAAUGAAAACUCAAGCUAGAGUUACAAAAUUAAUUGAACAAUGGAAACAAUCUCAAAUCUUGGAUUCAAAUAUAUCAUAUGAAAAUUCGUUUGAAUCCGGUACACCAAUUUUUGAUCAAUCUAAAACUCAUAAACUGCCAUUAUAUCGUGAAAUUUGGACUUUAGGUAAAAGAAGUGCACUACUUACUUUUAGAGAUCUACGAAGUAUGAUUGCCUUCCAAGGGCUUAUGACAAUUUUAGCUAUUGUUUGUGGCUGGGUCUUCUACAAACCAGGUGGUGAUUUAGCAGGUAUUCGUUCUGUAACUUCAACAUUAUAUGUUUGUUGUGAAGUUUUAGGGUUCACUCCAUUACUUUAUGAAAUUGAAAGAUUAUGUGCUACUGAUGGUAAAUUUUUCGUUAGAGAUUAUAAAGAAGGCAUUCAUUCUAUUACUGGAUUUUUAAUCGCAAGAAAGAUUGUUAAAUUAAUUCUAGAAGAUAUUCCAAUUACUUUAACUUGGUCUGUUAUAACUUUUUUCAUGUGGGGGUUGAAUGGAUCUAGUAAUUUUGGUAUUUAUUUUGUCAAUAAUUUUUUAAUUUAUUUAGUUGGUAUGGCUACUGCAAUCAUUUGUUUCAUGUUGGGGAAUUAUGAAUUUGGGCCAGCUUCAUUAAUUACAAAUUAUUUUUAUCAAUUACAAAAUUCUGCUUGUGGUUAUUUUGUUAAUUCUAAAACUAUGCCAGUCUACGUUAAAUGGACAAAAUAUUUGGCUAAUUUUUGGUAUGCUUUUGGUAGUAUGGUUUCUGAUCAAUUCACUGAUUAUGUUGGUGAUUGUCCAUAUGAAGAAGGAAGUGAAGCUUGUUAUGAAUACACCGGGGAAUAUGUUCUUGAUAAUCUAGGAUUCCCAAGACAUUGGUAUGCAACUCCAUUAGUGGUUAAUAUGUGUUGGUUUUUAGGGUUUUAUAUUGCUAGUGGGAUUAUAUUAUGGUAUCAAACUAGAAGAAAAGUUGUUAAAGUUGUCAAACCUAUUAAUUCCAAGAUUGAUCAUUUACCAACUAUUGAUGAAGAACAAUUUGCCAAAGCUAAAUCCAAUUUUAAACAAAAUCAAUAUGAUGGUGAAAUUAUUAUAACUUUGAAAGAGAUUACCUUAAGUUUAAAGAAAUUAUUCUGGAAAAAUAUGAUUUUCAGGAAACAUUUUGAAGGUAAACAAUUAUUGAAAAAUGUUGAAUCAAGUUUUAAACCAGGUGUUAAUGCAAUUAUGGGUCCUUCAGGUUCUGGUAAGACAACAUUGUUAAAUUUUUUAACUGGUAGAACAAGAUAUAGUACUAUUAAUGCCAGUGGCGAUGUGAUGUUGAACGAUAAAAGAAUACCAUUUAGUAUGUUAAAAUCAAUUACUACGUAUGUUGUUCAAGAUGAUAGUGUUUUAAUUCCAACUUUAACAGUUCGUGAAACUCUUUGGUAUCAAGCUAAAUUAAGAUUAGAUAAGUCUCAACAUCAAAAUAUUCCACAUGUUAUUAAUGAUCUUAUAAGAAAAAUGGGGUUGAGUGAUGUUGCAAAUAUUCCAAUUGGUGAUUCACAAGUUAAAGGUAUUUCAGGUGGUGAAAAAAGAAGAGUUUCAAUUGCAAUUCAAUUAUUAAAUAAUUCAAAGAUCUUAUUGUUGGAUGAACCAACCUCAGGUUUAGAUUCAUUUACAUCGAGUUCUAUUAUUUCAUUAUUAAAUGAAUUAGCUAUAAGUGAAAAAAAGACAAUAAUUUUAACAAUUCAUCAACCAAAAUAUGAAAUUUUCGAACAAUUUGAUAAUAUUUUACUAUUAUCUAAUGGAUCAGUUAUAUAUGAUGGUACACCAAAUGGAUUAAUUGAUCAUUUUGCUCAAAUGGGGUUCAAACCUGAUUAUAAAAUGAAUUUUGCAGAUUAUAUUUUGGAUGUAAUUUCUAAUAGAGGAUUUGGUGGUGAAGAUGUUUCACAAAAAAUGAUUAAUGGAUGGAAAUCACGUUCAAAUGCAAAUAUUAUAAGUACAAAUUCUAUCCCAUUAUCUGUUAAUUCUGAAAAAUCACAUGAUAAUCUUGAUGAAUUUAAACAAUUGAUUAAAACACCAAAUAGUUUUAAAGAUUCAUUUGGACCUGUCUUGGAAAGACAAUUUAAAGUAUUAAUGAGAUCUCCAGAUGUUCUUUGGUGUAGAUUAGCUCAAUUGAUUGGAUUAGGUGUUAUUCAUGCAUUAUAUUUUUCACCAUUGAAAAAUAAUUCAGAAUCAAUUAUGAAUAGAUUGGGUUUAAUUCAAGAAGUUUUAAAUUUAUAUUUCAUUGGGUUAAUUAAUUGUAUUACUGCAUUCCCAAUUCAAAAAGAGACAUUUUAUCAAGAGUUUGAAGAUAAUACAUAUAGUCCAUUAACAUUUAUGCUUUGUUAUUUAAUUAAUGAAAUACCAUUUGAGAUUGUUGGAUCAUUUAUUUUCACAAUUUUCAUUGUAUUAGUUAUUGGAUUACCAAGAACUGGUGGAAUGUUUUUCUCAAUGUUUUAUAUGUGUGUUUUAACAAUUAAUACUGGUGAAAGUGUUGGUAUGAUGUUUACUACAAUUUUUGAUCAUUUAGGAUUAGCUGUUAAUUUUGUUUCUAAUUUAUUAGUUAUUGGGAUUUUCAUGGGUGGUACAAUGUCAAUUAAUAUGCCAAUUUUAUUUAAAGCAUUUAAUUAUAUUAAUCCAUUAAAAUAUGCAGUUUUGGGGACUGCUAAAUUAGGAUUACAAGGACAAAAAUUUACAUGUUCAGAAGGAUCAGAAGGUAGUUCAUCAUGUUCAUUAAGUACAGGAGAACAAGUUAUGAAACAAUAUAAAUUGGAUAGUAAAUUAUUUACUAAUUUCAUUGCUAUUGCAGUUAUUGUUGUUGUAUAUAGAUUAGUCGCUCAUUUGAUUUUGGAGGUAAAGGUUAGAUAUUUAAGGAAAUAG